AUGGGCGCUGGCGCCAGUGCAGAGGAGAAACACUCCCGCGAGCUGGAGAAGAAGCUCAAGGAAGAUGCAGAGAAGGAUGCCAGAACGGUCAAACUGCUGCUUUUGGGAGCUGGCGAAUCUGGGAAGAGCACAAUUGUAAAGCAAAUGAAGAUCAUCCACCAGGAUGGAUACUCCCUGGAAGAGUGCCUGGAAUUCAUCUCCAUCAUCUACAGCAACACCCUGCAGUCCAUGCUGGCCAUCGUGCGGGCCAUGGGCACGCUGAGCAUCCAGUAUGGGGACUCGGCCCGGCAGGACGAUGCCCGUAAGCUGCUGCACUUGGCUGACACCAUCGAAGAGGGCACCAUGCCCAAGGAGAUGUCUGACAUCAUCGCCCGCCUCUGGAAGGACACAGGCAUCCAGGCCUGCUUCGAGCGAGCCUCGGAGUACCAGCUGAAUGACUCGGCCGGCUACUACCUGAGUGACCUGGCGCGCCUGGUGGCACCCGACUACGUCCCCACAGAGCAGGACGUGCUGCGCUCCAGGGUCAAGACCACUGGCAUCAUCGAGACCCAGUUCUCCUUCAAGGACCUCAACUUCAGGAUGUUCGACGUAGGUGGCCAGCGCUCCGAGCGGAAGAAGUGGAUUCACUGCUUCGAAGGGGUCACCUGCAUCAUCUUCAUCGCUGCCCUCAGUGCCUACGACAUGGUCCUGGUGGAGGACGACGAAGUGAACCGAAUGCAUGAGAGCCUGCAUCUCUUCAAUAGCAUCUGCAACCACCGCUACUUCGCCAUCACCUCCAUUGUCCUCUUCCUCAACAAGAAGGACGUCUUCCUGGAGAAGAUCAGGAAGGCCCAUCUCAGCAUCUGCUUCCCCGAUUACGACGGACCAAACACGUUCGAGGACGCGGGUGCCUACAUCAAGGUCCAGUUCCUGGAGCUCAACAUGCGCCGGGACGUAAAGGAGAUCUACUCGCACCUGACCUGUGCCACUGACACUGAGAAUGUCAAGUUCGUCUUCGACGCCGUCACCGACAUCAUCAUCAAAGAGAACCUCAAGGACUGUGGCCUCUUCUGA